AUGUCUAACCGCAGCGCAGCCAAGCGCCUAAUCAAGGAGCUCACGACCUGGAGCAACAUCGAGUCCAAAGAAGAGAAGGGCGUCGAGCGGUUAGGUCCCAUCAACGACGAUGAGUUGUUGGUUUGGGAGGCCGUGAUUAAUGGGAAGGGGGUAGGUGGUGGCUAUGAUGAAGGCCGCUGGCUCCUCCACAUAACCCUCCCACCGACCUACCCCCUCCACCCACCAACCAUCAAAUUCAUCACCCCCAUCGUGCACGCCAACGUAGCCCUUACCACGGGGGAGAUCUGUCUGGACUUGCUCAAAGAAGCAUGGACGCCCGCUUACAGCGUUUUGGAGUGCGUGAGAGCCAUCAGGCUGUUGUUGAGCUGUCCAGGCAUUGACAGUCCGCUUAAUGUGGAUGUUGCGGCGCUUAUAAGGCAAGGGGAUCAUGUGGCGGCGAGAGGGCUGGUGGAGUUGUGGGUUGAGGAAGAGAGGUAUGAGGGGUCUUGA